AUGAUGCGUUCAACUUUCUUUUUCUCCCUGCUUGCGGCCACAGCCUUUGCCCAGCUUUCCGAGAACAACUUGAAGACCUAUGUCGGAAGUUUGAAGCUUUCUGCACCCUUCAAUCCGAUCAAAGAAGCGUACUGGACUGGACUCCCGCAUCAUCGCCGCACGCCCUUCGCCGUCUCGCCAGAUGGCAAAUCAGCAUACCUUGCGUACCUAGACGCUUCCGAGACGGACGUGCAUAUCCAAAAAGUCGACCCUUCUACCUUUGCAGCUGUAGGUGAUGCAGUGACUGUCACUGGUGGAAAGGAAGCCGGUGGCUUGGUUGCACACAAUGACGGUUUCGCUCUACUCACCAACGAGGCCAUGCCGUCAGGCACAACCAACGCGCCCCCUGACAGCACCCCAGUAGCUGUCUUGUACCGCUACACCGCGGGCAAGCAGACGUUCAAGACGUUUUUGGGCGGCCCUGAUAACGUCGGUGGUAUGGGCGCACUGGCGUCCCCGGACAUGAACGGAGAUCUUGCCUUUUCUGAAGCUACUGGCAUGUACGGUGCUUACUUCGUCGUCACUGCCUACUCUGGCUCUGCUCAAGGCCAUUUUGGUGACGCUAUCCAAUACGUUAGCGAGAACGGCACGCUCGAGCAAAUCCAGGGUGCUAGCUCAAGCUGGGGCUGCUCACACAACACCGGUAUCGCAUUCGAGGCCGCUGAUUCCGUUCCUUUUCCCAGCAUCUGCUCCGAAGACCAAGGCGCCAUCUGGCUUAACACCGGUGGCACCGGAAUGGACAAGAGCGGUGUCAAGAUCUCCAACGAGAACGUCCAGAAUGGUGCCGGAAACGAGGCCAUGGGCGGCAUGUCCGGCUCGUACAGUGGCCUCGCACGCUUCAUUGACAGCGACUCUUACAUCUUCUCAUGGGUAUCGCGCGGUGCAAAGGAUCUGACCGAGAACGAGUGGAUGGGCGCAGGCUACACCAAGUCCUUCAACCGCACCGUCAACCGCAAUGUUGCCAUCGCUACCUUCUCAGACAAGAAGACCAUUGUUGGCGAGCAAGCUACCUCCGAGCUUGGCCCUGACGGUGACUCUCAGGUCAAUUGGAUCACCACUGGCUCUGCGGAUUGCCAAAAUGCCCACGUGGCCGCCUUUGAUGGUUCUAACGCUGUCGUUACUUGGGAGGAAAUUGCUGAGCCAACUUGUGAGUUCAUUGCCAUGGGCUGCAAGGGUGCCUUCACUGGUUCCUACUUCCAGCUUGUCAAGGACGGCAAGAAGGUUGGCGAGCCCGUCAAGUCUAUGGACGUCUAUGUUGCUGGUGAUAUGGUAACCAUGGCUGAUGGCCGGGUAUGUUGGCCCUAUGUCGACAUGAAGUGGACACUCGACGCGGAAGUACGUAGCCCAGCAAACGUACAGGCUAUCAGCUUCGCCUGCAUGGGUCUGAGCGGUAACAGUGGAUCUACUGCACCUGCUUCAUCAGCUCCCGUUACUUCCAAGGCCCCCGUCGCUACCUCUGCCGCUGUCGUAGAGUCAGCUCCCGUCAAUGAAGUCGCCGAAUCUACUGAACAAACCCCAACUAUCGAAACACCUGCUGAGUACGCUCCAACACUCGCCCCGAACCCGAUCGAGUCACUGCUCCCCAUAGCUCCGAUCGUCUCCGUCAUUACAUCCGCCCUUGAAGCCAUACCCUCUGGACUGCUUCCCGACAAUGAUCUUCCAGCCCCUUUCUUGUCAAUCUUCAUCCCGGCGUCGGAGUCUUUCAACCCCUCUCUUGCACCUGCUUUCACCGAGAGUGCUAAGACACCCCUUCUGUCCAUUGAGCCAGUGUACUCCAGCACGCCUAGCUCGGCGGUUGCUGAGCCCACCAGCUCCCCUGAAUACCCAGCAGCUACUCCCAUCGUCGAACCAUCUCAAUCCGCAGCCUCAACAACGCGCACUGAAGACAAGCCCCAGAGCACUCGCGUACCCCUUGACGCCACGCUUUCAGAGGAUCUUCCUCCUUACCUUGUUGGUACAGGCUCAGCCACCUACCCCAGUGGAAGCGGUAUGCGCCCCUCUGGUAUCCCAUACCCCACUGGCACUGGUCGCCCAGACUGGUUCCACGGUAGUCGUCCAAACGGCAGCUUCGGCUGGGGUCGUCCAAGGCCUUCCGGCAUGUGGCCUGCUCACGGUUAUCCCCGACCUACAGGUGGUUUCCAUUACCCUUCCCGACCCUCUGCAGCUUUUGGCCAUGAAGGUGCGGUGGGCGCCAAGGCCAGCAAAACGCCUUGCACUUUGGAAACUAGGGUGAGACCUACGCCUACCGCUCUAGUGCGUUAG